UUUUUCACCCUCCCUUAUGCCUAUACCACUUCUGCUGUCCCUAGGGAGGAUGUCUUGCUCCUUUUCAGGAAGUAAACCAUGUAUUGUGAUCUUUGAUGAGUUAGAAAAAGGUAAAAUUGUACUUUUACUGUGACUGAGUCAGUUUUUGCCUCUGGAGUGGUAUUUUCGCCUCUAGGCUUCCCCCCACAACUUGGGUAGUUGGUCUCGUCCAGCCUGGCCCUGGGCGCGGCGGCGACGGCCGCGUCACUGGCGGGCGGGAUCCCUCCGCUCUGGGGAGAGCAGCGCUGGACGGUUGAGUUGGGGUGACUGAGGAAAUCCAUCCGCGUCGCCGCCGCUGCCGCCUCCGCCGCGGAGGAAGACAGGACCUCCCGCGCUCCUCCAAGCGACCCCUUGGCAGAGUCCCACCACCUCAGGUACCUCCGCUGACAAAAGGAGUCCUCAUCUCCCCCAGCCCCAAAUCCUCACGGGUGUGUGUGUGGCAGGGGGAAGCCUCGGUUCCUUCCGUCUCCCGGGUUUGGCUCUUGGGAAACGGACGUAACUCCCCAGACCUCCCCUCCCUUCCUCUGGCCCGGUCGUUUCCAAACCCGGAAGGGGAACUGGGGGGGACCCUCGGCUUCAAUAAUGCAUGCGCUCCCUGCAGUAUCAGUGGCAAUUUUUUUCUAAUUUAGACCCCCAUCCCAGCCCCGCCUGCCUCUUACUCCCUUAAUAGUUGGGGGGCUAAAUUCCGGGUUUCUUCUAGGUCCUGUCCCGCCCCCUUUCCCCCACCACCACCCUGCUGCCUGCCCUUGGGUUACAAGCCUCGUGCCCACUCGUUUCACACCCUUGCUUGCAUUAGCCUUGCAGAACUCCAGAAUCCCAGGAGAUACGGCCAAGGCCUCAAGGCCACCCUUGUCUUCGUCUCCACCCUACUGUCCCUUGAUUUAGGCUCUGGCAGUGUUUUCUCAGUCCCGAACCCUAAACUGGAGAUCUCAGCUCCUUAUUCUUUUUAUAAAUCCCUACCCCAGGUCUGGCACCUAGUCGCCUGUCCCCUUCACCCAGCUUUCUUUUGGGCAAAAUGGAGGUCCUACGAACUGGAGGGCCUGGCCCACUGCACUUCGCAGCACGGCACCAGCCUGCGCCGUCCAGCUGCUAGAUCUGAGGACCCUCUCUUGUCUCCUCUCACACCUGCGGAGGCGGUGGCACCUUUUUUGUUUGUUUGUGGGGUAUGGUUGCUUUAUCCCUAGAAUCGAGGAGCUGCUGAGGGAACCUUGGAGGGCCUCGGGCCAGCGGCCAGGAGCUGCCUCCCCCAGCCCCCGUCCCGCGGCCCCCAGCCGCCCCCAACCCCGCCCCACGGGCCCGGCGCCAUGAGUGAGCUGGAGCAACUGAGACAGGAGGCUGAGCAGCUCCGGAACCAGAUCCGGGACGCCAGAAAAGCAUGCGGGGAUUCCACACUGACCCAGAUCACAGCUGGGCUGGACCCAGUGGGGCGAAUUCAGAUGAGAACACGGAGGACCCUCCGUGGACACCUGGCAAAAAUCUAUGCCAUGCACUGGGGGACAGACUCAAGGCUGCUGGUCAGCGCCUCCCAGGACGGAAAGCUCAUCAUUUGGGACAGCUACACCACUAACAAGGUCCACGCCAUCCCUCUGCGCUCCUCCUGGGUCAUGACCUGUGCCUACGCCCCCUCGGGGAACUUCGUGGCCUGUGGGGGUUUGGACAACAUCUGCUCCAUCUAUAGUCUCAAGACCCGAGAGGGCAAUGUCAGGGUCAGCAGAGAGCUGCCUGGCCAUACUGGGUACCUCUCCUGCUGCCGCUUCCUGGACGACAACCAAAUCAUCACCAGCUCUGGGGACACCACCUGUGCCCUGUGGGACAUUGAGACAGGCCAGCAGACAGUGGGAUUUGCUGGACACAGUGGGGAUGUGAUGUCCCUGUCCCUGGCCCCCGAUGGCCGCACCUUUGUGUCAGGUGCCUGCGAUGCCUCCAUCAAGCUGUGGGAUGUUCGGGAUUCCAUGUGCCGACAGACAUUCAUAGGUCACGAAUCGGACAUCAAUGCUGUGGCUUUCUUCCCCAAUGGUUAUGCCUUCACCACGGGAUCAGAUGAUGCCACAUGUCGCCUGUUUGACCUGCGGGCUGAUCAGGAGCUGCUCAUGUAUUCCCACGACAACAUCAUCUGCGGCAUCACCUCGGUUGCCUUCUCACGCAGCGGCCGGCUGCUGCUCGCUGGCUAUGACGACUUCAACUGCAACAUCUGGGAUGCCAUGAAGGGUGACCGUGCAGGUGUCCUCGCUGGCCAUGAUAACCGUGUGAGCUGCCUUGGGGUCACAGAUGAUGGGAUGGCUGUGGCUACAGGCUCCUGGGACUCCUUCCUCAAGAUCUGGAACUAACCUCCCCAACCCCAGAUGGGCCCAGGCAGGGAGCAGCCCUGCCCAUGCCCACACUACAGGCCCGGAGCUUUGGGGCUGGGCACACAUGCCAAGCCUCCCUCCCUGGGCUACAGGGCCUUGGGUCCUGCUCCCAUACCCAGGUUUGGUUCCUCUCGGGGGGGCCCCCACUGUGGAGAUAAAAGUCGGGGAUGGAAUGGGGGAAGAGGAAGGGCAGGAAAGCCCUCACCCUUUGCUGCCCUGGGGCCAGGGCCUCACCCCUCUGGAGGGCCAGAGGCAGGAGGUGGAAACUCCAGGGGCUGGCUUUUUUAACUGGUUUUAUUUUAAUUUUUAUUAUAUUUUCAGUUUUUCCAUAAAGGAACCACUUCCAACUCUG